AUGAGUAAUGAACUAUUAUUUUUAUCGUCAACUAUGUCGAAUAAACAUGAACAAUUACAUACAAUUGAACUAAAUAAUAAUUAUUUAGAAAAUUUUCAACCAUUUAAUAUAACAAUAAAUUCAUCAUCAAAUAUAAUAACAAAUCUCAACACUUAUGUGACUGGACAUCCAUUUUUGAAAAAAAUAUUUAAUAUUAUCACCAAAAAAAAAAAUCUUUUUAUUACAUCAUCAUGUAUAACAAGUACACCAAAAAAUUCUCCUUAUCAAAAUAAAUUACUUCACCCUCAUCUAACAUCAACACCACAUCAUAAUAAACAUCAAUCAAAAAAUAUUAUUCAACUUAAACGUCUUGUUUAUAAUAAUAAUAAUGAUAAGUUUUCUAAUCGACAACGACGUUCAACUAAACGAUCAAUUCUUCCAUGUUAUUGUCCGUUAAAUCCAAUUGAUGAAAAUCCACAAUGGAUUUAA